CACCAAGCUAUCCCAGAGUUCCUUGCACGUAGCCAUUUUGUUGUAGGGGAAAAUCUUCGAACAUUUGCUGUAUUUAAUUUCUGAAUUGUGAAUUAAUACAUUUAAGACUGCUAAGAUGGCGGAUCAAUCAGACGUAAAAGACGAACCAACUAAAGUCUAUCUUGCUGGGCUUAGUGCUGACACAGAUGAAACUGCUUUAGAGCUGGAAAUGAGUAAAUUUGGUCAGGUUGCUGAUGUGCUUUUAAUCAAAGAUAAAACAACUGGAAGAUCCAGGGGCUUUGCGUUCGUUACAUAUGAAACCUCUUCUGAUGCAGCUUUGGCUGUUACUGGGCUCAAUGGCAAGGAAUUUAUGGGUAAAGUCAUCAAAGUUGAUCAUGCAAAGAAGCCUUCCUUUCAACAGCCAGGAUACACACCUAACAGGGGACGAGGCAGAGGAGAUAGAGGAGAUAGAGGUGAUAGAGGGGAUAGAGGGGGUUUCCGUGGUCGUGGUGGAGAUAGAGGUGCUUCACGGGGUAUGUCGAGGGGUAUGGGUGGUGGUGGAUACAGGGGACGUGGCAGUUAUGGAGGUGGUUAUGGAGGAGGAUAUGGAGGCUAUGGUGAAAGCGGUGGCAGGGGAGGUUCAGGAUAUGGUGGUUACUCUAGUGGACGAGGAAGUUACAAUGGUAGAGGAGAAUAUGGUGGAGGUAGAGGUGAAUAUGGGAGAGGAGGAUCACGAGGUAGCAGAGAUGAUGGUCCACCACAAAAGAGAAUGAGGUCUGAUAUAGGCAGAGGCUAUGAUGAUCAAGGUGGUUAUGGAGAAGAACAUGGAUAUGGUGAAUCUAGGUACAGUGAUUAUCCAUCCCGUGAUCCCCCAUCUAGGGAGUAUCCUCCAGAAAGGAGUACUGAACCUCCUCCAAGGGGAUACCCUCCAAGGGAAAGAGGAGAAUACCCACCUAGAGAGCCAUACAGAGCAGCAAGAGACUACCCACCAGAACGUGAAUCGUAUAGUGCUAGAGAUUAUCCAGCAAGAGAUUAUCCUCCUCCUGCUAGCACACGUGAUUAUGCUACUCCUGCACCACGAGAGUACCCACCAGCUGCUAGCACAGCUACGGAUUAUUCUUCUACUACUGCUGCCCCCCGUAGAGGAUAUGAAGAAACUAGCUACGCAAGUCGUGAUUAUGGUACUUCUGCUGCUUCUUCUGUACCUGCUGCACCACGGGAUUAUGCACAUGGACAAGAAACUAACAGCAGGGAGACAACAUAUUCCCGGGAAUAUGAUUACAGUGCACCAAGUAGCCGAGGUUAUGAAGGAUACCCCAGUACAGGUACUAGAGAAUACAGUGAUUAUGGUGGUGCAUCCCGUUCAGCUGCUCCAGCACGUCAAGCAGAUACUUAUGGAGCAAAUGGUAGGGGCAGAUAUGAUUCCUAUGCUUCGCGUGACCCAUAUGCAGAGGAAAAAGUAGGGUACCCACCACCCAGAGAGUCGUAUGGGGCUGAAAUUGCCCCUUCUCGUACCGCACGCCCAUUAGACCAUAGUGCUGCUCCCCCUCCAACUAGAGGAUACGAUCGUUACUAAAAUGCCAAUAAAAGGCCACCAGUCAGCGGCAAAGAAUCAUGGAAAAACAACAAAUUUAUGAAACUCAAGUCAUGAAUUACAGCAACUACGUAAACAUAAACUUUAUCCCUUGAGCACUAAUUGUCACUCAAGUAUAUUUAAAACUGUUGAAAUCUUUGUUAACCAUUGUCAACUUAUAUCUGAAUAAUCUCAACAUGCACAUCAAUACCUGACAACUUUGAAAUAGAAGUAAAUUUUUAUUAGGAGUACCACCACACUUGUUAUGUACAAAAACUGUUGAAAACAAGUUUUGUAAACAGCUGUUUUCUGAUAGUCCUCUGCUCACUUAUUUGAUAAUUACUGGUUGUGAAAAAAAUAAAGGCAGUUGGAUAUAUUUGGGAGUGGCACUGAAAAUAUGGCCAGUUUUUAUAAAAAAAAUUUAAAAAUUCUUUGUACUUGAUUCACUAAUACAAUGUUGACAAAUCUGGUAAGGUUGUAUAAAUUGAAGUGCACAUUUUUGUAGUUGUGUAUGAACUAAAUGGUUCCACUGCCAGAAGUCGUUACUAAAUGAUGUCGGUCAAAUGACUGUCGAGGUAAAAUACUAUUUGAGCUAGUUCUUGUUUUAUUAAAAAGUUUCACAUGUCUCUGUAUUUCAAAUCUUCUCUGUUUUAAUAGACCAAGAAAUCAAGCAAAAGUCUUAUAACAUGUUAUUGUAAAAGAGAAAAAAAAAAAAAUGUUUUUUGUGUAGUUUUCUUAUUUGUAAAAGUAUUAAACUUGUUCUUAUCCUAAGUAUUAGUUGUCAUUAAGUCAACCAAUUCCAAGCAAGUAAGAAUGAAAUCCAAACAAUAGUAUAUUGAUUCGUGUCUCUUGAUAAAUAAAAGCACGAUUAAAAUCUUGCCAUAUCAAAACA